AAGAUGAAGGGUAUUCCAGCUCUCCACUGGACAACUGUGCAUUCUGCCUUUGGAAACCGAGAUCGCAGUGAGAAAACGUCUUUUUCCGCUACAUCCAGAUCGAUUGCCGCAACGUUCCAUUUGCCUGGACGCCUAAAGAUAAGUGGGAUAUCCCCUGGCCUUUUCGAUCCCACCCUGAAAAUUGAUCAGCUAGAGGCAGACGAGAGACGAAGGGAUGUGCAGCAGCGGCGGAAACUUAGUGAGCCCGAACAGCACGCCUUUGAACUGCAUACCGGUAGCUCAACAGUAUUCGGCUCACUGCGUGAAUGCCGCAAUACCAGCAUAGCUGCAGGCCUUAAACACGGCAAUAGGCCUCUUUCAAGGUCUCAGCAGCCCUGGAAGAGACAAGCAUCUUUAACGGAACUACUACUCUCAGGCCCGACGUUUCGUGAGACGAUAGGUCACAACCGAAAAUCCUCCGAACACAGCAGUAUGCUUAAGAAGACCACCACUCAAUAUAUAUUUAAGAAGGAAGUGGCUGAUAAACCGGUUCAGCUUCAGGGUUUUGCGGUGGCAGAAAAAUCGCGGGUAGUCGCCCAGCGGACUGUCCAAGAGAGGGGGGAAGCGCAAAGCUUACAACCAGUCAAAUUUGAAAAGCUUCAAAGCCAGCGUCAAACAAUGCUGGGAGAUUUGCACGAGAAUGCUACUGGGAAGAGAUGUGCGUCAGGAAAUAUCGGUGAGCUCCUGCAAGAGGAGCCAACAAAGGAUUCUCCUCGCGAGUCUGCCAGUCCUGCGUUACCUGCUGUAUCCACAACUCCUUCCUUGCGUCUAGCCAACUAUUCUGCUCCUAAUGCUACUAACAGCUUAACUCGGCAUACCCAAACAACUGAGACGGGGUGGCUUAAUCUUUUAAGCUGUACUAUUCAGAGAGUUGAUGAGAUUCAACGGAAACUGGUCGAGCUUGCCUUCCAGAUCCCUGAAUCUCCCCCCGUAGAAUUGCGAAGGUCUGAUGAUCCGAAGACCCAACUCUGGCUUGAAUGUGUUUUAAUCGAGCUAGCUGAAGUGCUUAGAACUGGGCCUGCACAAGGCACAGCGAAAGGCACUGCUAGUCUAUUGGUUUUCCUACAGGAGCAGCAGGGCCAGUUGCUUAGUGCCACGCGAAUUUGGCAACUGCUCCAAGAAGUGCGGCAUUUUUUGGAACAGGCGGCACAACAUAAAUUUGCUCAAUGCUACGUACACUGCCAAGUCGAAGCACAAGAGUGCAGAAGAGAUGCAAAAGCCUCAAAAGACUUUUGCUCGAAGGCACUGUGGCGCCGCCACAGACAACGACACUGUAGUCAGCAUGAAGCCAAGUUGCGCUCGGAAUCUUGUUGUUUUAAUGACAAAAGAUCAAAUGGAUGCCAGUUUCACUGCCAAAGAGUAGCCAGUGCUGAGCAUCGUAGGUUUGGUUACAUCGACAUACCGCCGAAAACAGUGAAGAAACAUGUAACUAAGGAGUGUUCGAAGAUUAUUGGCCACAUCCAUGCAGAUAAAUCACUUAACGCUCAACCAGAAGAGCCCCCAAAACAUUCUCGGACAAGGAUACUUGAUUCACUAUGCAUUUGCGCACCUGUACCCCAGGCUACUAAAAGCACGUUGGAGAACCGCUGGCUCAGUUUGCCCACAACUUCCAGUCCCGGAACGGGAUUGUCAAACAAGGUCCCGAUAACCUUACUAAAGGCCUCUACCUGGACAAGUCAAAACGAUACGAUUGGUCUAUUUGAAGAAAAGCGAUUUCCAUCGCCUUGCUGUAUCGAGUGUCUUGGGCGAGCUGAGCCUCAGAUUCGAGUGAAUGAAGCUAUACCCAGUCACAUGCUUGAGUGCAUUUUCCGCGUUCAAGAAGCAGAGUCUCGAGCUGAGGCAACCCUGAAAAAUGUGGGAGAAUCGAAGAGGAUGUCUUUUGAUCAUGAGCAGCGGGACAGAGAUGCUUACGACCAAAACACGCAUCAAAGGAAGCUAAGUUUUUUUCCAGUUUAUGCCUAUGGUACUGCGUCCAAAGAAAUCCACAAGCGGGGGCUGAAUGGGUCUAAAACUGGCACUGAAAUGGAGAGCGCUAUACGUGGAACGUCAAGGGGGCAUUUACAGCCUACUCUGGAGGUUGCAAUUGAAGAAAGGAUCCUAGCUUUCCGGAACUCACGAAAACAGGUGUUGCUAAUAGAGGAACCACUACUCCAGCAAGAUUGCUUGCAAGAAGCAUUACUUAGGUUUGAACAGGAAGGAAAAAAAUGUCGGUACAUCGGUGAUGAAGUGGGAGGAGUAUGGACACUGCACGCCGCCAUCGCGGGGCAGGUCAUAAGUGACGAGGUAGAGCAGCUGGUCUUAUUUAUGGACACUGUAAGUAGUACGUUCGUUGGUCAGCUGCUUCACGCAGAAGCACUUCGUAUGGCGAAGCGCACGGAGCUCAUACCCUUCAGCGAACCUGAUAUCACUUGCGGCCCAAGUUAA